AUGUCAACUGCAUCUAACUUCGCCUCUACUGCCGCUGGUCGACGCGCCAGAUCCACCAUAACCACCACCCAACCUCCUAGGGUCACCGGCCAAACUACCGCCUUCAAGGCGGCCACCACCACCAGCUUCACUCAGAUGACGGCCGUCAUUAACAUCAAGAUGUCGAAACAGCGAGUUGAGCAGCUGCCUAUGAAGGUUUUCUUCAAGCCUAUCCCCCAGGUUCUCAAAAAGUACUGUGAGUACUGCAAGCAACAGUUUGUCUAUGGAUGGUGUCAUGACUGUGAGUGCUGCAUGGACUGUUGCCCUGAUUACAUUGAUAAGCCUCCAGAUGUUGGAGCACCUGUUGUGGUUGCCGAGGGCCGACCCUGCUACGGUCACUAA